GCACGGCAAUGGUCAUGUGAUCUGAUAUAGCCAGUCCUGUCGCCGCAUUCCCUGGUCGCCCUCAUUCGCUGCCGGCUGUCACGUGACACGUCCCCCGUCUUUCUCUCUUCCAAUCGGAGUCGGCGACACGUCCUGGAGCGCAGUUUGAAUCCUCCAGCGGCGGGCGGCCUGACUGUGUGCGUAUCCGGAGCACGCUGCCCACCUGUGUUUUGGAAACAAACGAGGACAAAUUAUAAACAAAAAGCCCAUUCCGCGAUAGGCAGCGGUCAGCAGAGAGAGCCGCCAUCAUGUCCCGCGGGCCGAGGAAAAGUGAGCUCUUGGCAUCCUCACUGAUCAACACUAUGAACCAUACAUUUGCUAGCCUUAUGGAUAUCUGGGACGAGCUGGGUAUCCCAGAGGAGAAGCGGAUGUUACGAAUGGAAGAAGUCAGAGAUUGUAUUGAGGAUCUACUAAACCGUAUGAUUGAAGAAGAGGAGGCACUGAAAGAACGUAUUAAGAAAAGUAUCCAGAACUCUAAAAAAGAGAUGGCAAUACUGUGUGAGGAGUUAUCUCUUGGUGCAUACAUGUUGGAUGAAGACUUGACUGUCCUUCAAAUGGAGAAAGAUUUGAGAGUAAAAUUAGAUUGUCUGAAGGCUGAAAAACGUAAGCGUCUUGAAGAACUGAGGCAGCUGCAGCAAGAGGACCAAGAUCUAUGUACUGAGCUUUUUGUGACCCCUUAUUAUGUACCAACUGGGAUGAUGCCCACUCAUCAACAGCUGGUAGAACUCAAAGAACACAUAAGGGUUCAGACUGAAGAAAAGAAAAAACGAACACUUAUUUUUUCCACCCUUCGAGCUGAUAUCCGGAUAUGUUUAUCAGAAAUGGGACGGCAGCCUCUCUCCGGCUUAGAACAAGACGCAGUCAGUGUGGAUGAAGAAAAUCUAAGCCUUACUUCAGAAAACAUGAAAGCUCUUCAAUUUCUGAAAGAUCAUCUUAAGCAGAAGAAAGACUCUCUUCUGUCAACACUGAAUAUACUUAAAGAGAAGGUGCAGGUAUUAUGGAGUCGUCUGCAGGUUCCCCGGGAAGACCUGGAGCCAUAUCUCAAUAUGUCUACAUAUCCACUUUCUACUUCAAUUAAGAAGUGGGAAACUGAACUUGCUCGUCUAGAUGAGCUGAAGAAAGCAAGCAUUAAGGAUAUCAUUCUGAAAAUAAGAGAGGAGUUGGCAAUGUACUGGGACAAAUGCUUUUAUAGUGCAGAGCAAAGAAAUGCUUUCUCUCCAUACUUCAGUGAUGACUUUACUGAAGAACUGCUCAGUGAGCAUGAUGAAGAGCUGGUGAGACUCAAGCACCACUAUGAAAAAUGCAAGGAUAUGCUUGAUGCAGUAAAUAAAUGGGAAUCAAGCUGGGAGCAGUUUCUUGUGCUGGAGAAGAAGGCAACAGACCCCAACCGAUUUUCCAAUCGAGGUGGGAGUUUGCUUAAAGAAGAGAAGGAACGUAUGAAACUCCAAAAGCUUCUUUCAAAGCUUGAAGAGGAACUAAAAUCCUGGAUCGGAUCAUGGGAGGCAGAGCAAGGAUGUCCGUUUCUAUUUAAGGGGCGCAAGUUUAUGGAUUAUGUGGCAGAUCAGUGGGAGAACCACAAACUCCAAAAAGAUCGUGAAAAGCAAGUUCGGAAUCCGAAAAAGGAGGACAAUAUGCCGUUUAAGACACCAGUAAAACGUCCAGCAUUAUCUUGUUCACAAGGAACUCCAUUAAACAAGACUAGAAAGCUUACUGGAACAAGUACACUUGCAAGUACAAAAACGACUGCAUCCGCAAAGACCCCUCUUCCCACCAUCAAGACUCCAUCGAAAGCUAGAGAAACUCCUGUAGGAACACCUUUACAGGACAGUAACAAACAAACAAGUGUGUUUUCCACUCACCCUGGCACCUAUUCAGAAUUUAAGGAGGCCAUCACAAAGAAGUCCGGCAAAGAUUCCGUUUUCAAUUCAACCGUAAAUGAGAAUUUGUAGUACUUUUUAUGUCUGAAAGAAAGCACUUUUUCAGAUUUUCUUGAAACCAUUCGUUGGCUGCGCCAUCACUCGUGAAUUCUAGAACGUCUUUCAGUCUUCGUGUCCUGUGCUGGAACAGGCUUCCGGCCUUUUUGCAUGUAAUUUUCAGUGCCAAAGACCAAGCAACUCAGUGUAAUAAGACAUUUUCACACUUGGACCUUUCUCCAGCCUUAAAUUUCAUCAUGUGAGAAGGGUUGUUACAUUAACAGAGUAAGCAGUUGUGCACGGUCCUGUUUACGAAAACAUUAAUUUAAUACUGCCAUUGUAAAUAGGGGGGCUUUUUUACUUGUCUGUCUUAAAUAUGAAUGUGUGUGACUUUUAUUUUUAAUCCUGUGGAACUACAUUGGAAUGGAAUUGCUCAAGGUCUAACGGUGAUAAGAAAUGCCAGCAGAAUGUGGAUAUUUCCUAUUUUAUUGGUAAAUUUAACUUUUUGUGCUGAUGUAUUUGUAUCUGUUUUUCUAGCUAUUUCUUUUAUGUUCGGAAAGGUUGUAUUGAAUAAGAACAAAUAAACAUCUAAAAAUUAACUGCUAAAGGAACAUAACGCACCACCUUAAAGCUAAUUUUAAACAGAGCAGACGUUCUAUUGUACAAACAACUCAAUUUUAAUUGGAAAGAACACGGAAUCUCUGGUUUGUGCAUUUCUUUAAUGAUUACGACUAUAUUCAGAAGCGAUAUAUUAAUUCUGUCUAUUGGGGUGUUCACACUCCAGGCUUCAAAGUGGUGAGGAACGUUUAAGGCCUAAAUAAUGGUGUAGCACUUGAAUUUUUAAGCAGUGUCUGUGUAAUAUUAUUAUUAUGAUUAUAUAGUACACAAACCGAAAACUCAAUGGCAUUAAUACCUUGUUUACGCCCAGGUGCUCAUCCAUAAGCAAGAAAUAACGGCAGGACUCAUGGGUCUUAUCUUCCUUUUAUUUAUUUUUUUUGCUUUACUGCAUUCUCAGGUACAUACAGGUAAAUCAGCAUUUCAGGAGAUGUGUGUAUGCAUAUGUACGUUAAACAAAUGCUACUCACGUAACCGUUAAAGGCUUGAUUAAUUAGAAAGAAAGUCUCUUUGCCAGUUUUUCUUUUCUGGACCACAGCAGUUUAAAUAUGUGGUCAGACUUUUUUUUUUUUAUGUUGCCCUCUGAUUAGAGCCAGCCAGUGAUGCAGCAAUGUGUAGUGUUUUCUGGUUGGUAUGUCAG